CAGUGUCAAUGAAAAUUACCUAAAAUUUGGUUUUUCAAAAUAAUUUUAAUUUGUGUUACAAAUAAACGAAUUACUUGAAUGAGUGUUAUUUUAAUUACAACACAAUGAACUCUCUUAUCAAAGUCGCUCAGAGUUCAAACUUAUCGCAAUGGUCGCCAGUGUUUGCUUCCCAAUUUCACACGUCUUCUGCAUUGUGCCGAGUUGUGUCGGGGAAGUAUAGAAUUACCAAGAAGAGAGACCGUCCACUGACUUAUGAGAUGGCUAAUCCUCCGCAUUUCAUUGCUCAUCGGAAGACAUGGAACUCUUGGAAUACCUCAAGUUUAAAAGAUGGGUUAAGAAAGUCUGAAACGGCAGUUGAAGAUGAUUUCAUUAGAAGAUUUGUCAAUGGCACUUGGCAUGGGCUUGUAUGUAGUGAGAUUAUAAUAAAGCGCCAGUUCAACCACAUCCGUGUAGCUGCCAUUGUGCGCAGAGCAGUCUCACCCACUAAAAUGUACUUCCUCAUCGGCUACACAGAAGAGCUGCUGUCCAACUGGAUACAGAGCCCUGUGACCUUAGAGCUUCAAACAGUUGACAGUUACAAAGAUGUAGUAUUUAAGUAUAUUUAAGUUUUUGUUAAUAUUUAUGUAAUAUUAUAGUAUUAGUUUUAAAA